AUGGCCACAGAGCUCGAAGUCACCGUCCUCGAGGACCUGGACGCGAAACGGCUCCUCCUCCAGCGAGACUUGGAGUUGCUGGACAAACAGCGCGCUCACGUUCUCGCACGCAACGCUCCCAUUCGUCGCAUCGUAGACGAUAUUCUCGCAUACAUCUUUGAGCUCGGAGCUGGCACCCCGGACGUCGUAUUUGUAGAACGGGUGUCCUCGGUCAGUCGCCACUGGCGCAACGUUGUGCUCCGAACACCCUCGGCAUGGUCCAAUAUCAUCCUCGACAGACGCAUCUUCCCGCAAGCCAGCCUUCAGACUUUCAUCCGGCGGACAGAAGUCUUUUUGCAGCGCUCCCAGUCCGCGCCGCUCACGCUCAUGCUCGAUCUCCUGCCGAUAUCAUUUGAGAAUGAUGUCCAAAGGUUAAUGGACCUGCUACACGACCAUUUCCCGCGCUGCGCGGUGCUUCAUCUGCAUUGCGAUGCCAAUUACUUUGCCACCAUUGCUCGCCCACUGUCGUCGCUCGGACCGAUGCUCCGCGAACUCGAUAUUCGGACGUCGCAUUCGAAUAUGAACCCCGUGACGCUGACACUCGCAGAAGUCGCGGGGUGCAUCCCGUCCUUGCAGUCGCUCGUAUUGAGCAAUCUGCCCCCGAGUUGCCUCCCGUCCACCCACUACCCAGCCCUCAAGCAUUUGCAAUUGCAUGGUGUUCAAUGGCAUUUCGGGAAUGAUGGAUCCGGUGAAUGGCCCUGGUCGGCGACGGCCAACCUAUUGGAUGCGGCUCCGAACCUCGAAUCGCUCGUCCUCAAUCGCAUGGAAUUUAUCCUCGACGGUACCGAGUUGUUGACGCCACGCAACCUUGUCCUCAAACGACUUGAGUCGCUCACGUUCGAGUGCAUGGAGACGCGAUCGAUUGCGAUUGUGCUCGAGUCGCUCCAUGCACCUAGACUCAAAUCGCUCAAGAUGCGGUAUGAUCCGACCAAGAUGGGUGACCAUUGGUGCAUCCAUCGCCUCGAGGCGCCGUGUGUGGCUGGGAUCGAAGAGUUAGAGGUCGAAGGGUAUGCCGUCUAUGGGUCCAACUUGCCGUGGUUCCUCAGGACGCUCGCGAUGGUUCCUCAUUUGAAAAAGCUCACCAUAUCCAAUCCGCCACUGUUCCUGGACUCGCGGUUCUUUGACAUGAUGUCCACGGGUCCAAACUGGCUCGUCCCACGCUUGAACGAGUUGGUCUUGAUCGCGUGCGCCAACCUCCACGGACAAGAUCUGAUACGCCUCUUACGCGCACGCUCCAUUCAUGGUUCCGGAGGAGGUGGUGGCACCUCUUCAUCUGGCGGGUCGAGUUCUCCGAGUGGGGUGUCCCCCAUUCGCACCUUGACGUUACGUAUGCCACCCUGGAAUAUGUUUGAAGACGAUAUCCUCUCAGUGUUGAGGCUCAAUGUGGAUGAGCUUUGCCACAUGCCAAUGGAGCCCUACAGCUCGGAUCGAUAUCUCGCCGCACAUUCGCCCAUGUUCCGAGCGCCCACACCUGCACCGCUACUGGGUGGCGGGACGGAUGGACAAGUCAAUGCACAACAACAAACACACCAUCAAAUUGCCGCACCUCCACCAUGGGACGCACCCCCUUUACUCGGGACGCCGUUUGGCGAUGCGGAUAUGGGCUUUAUCCCGCAGUUUCACCAGCCGCCCUUUACGGGCCAGACCGCGACGCCUACGGGAAGUCAGAGUAUGGUAACCUCGACGAGCACCGGGGUGAGAGGGAGCAGUCGACGCCGGCGCUCGACGUCGACGGCAUCUGCUCUUUGGGCGAGUAUGGGGCUCGAGUCCGAGUUGGUGCAGGAUGUAGCCACAGUGCUCCUCGUAGCGUCUGCUACGGCUCUUACGACCUCGAUAGCGUGCUAUCACCUGCUUUCACGACACAUACGGGUUUGA